CAAUUGCCACCAUCAACAAAUAGCAAAGAGUUUGUGGUGAGGAAAAUAUAAAUUUUUUAUUCAUGCCAAGAGCUUCACAUAUAGAACAAGCUUUAUAACCUUGAGCUUUGAAGGAUAAAUGGAGAGUUUUUGGGGAUUUUGUUGGGAAGGUUUUAUUCAGGAGUGGACUUCUGCCCUCUGUUUGCGGCAGGGCGUCUUUACCUCUGCUCUUUUUUGUUUUCUUUUUUCUCGUCGGCGUUGUCGUCGAUCUUUUUAAUUGUAAUUGAUUUCGCCAUUUACAAAAAAAAUAUAUAAAUUUAAUUUGAUAGGUUUAGUUAUUGAAAUAUAAAUUUUCAACGAAUCAAAUGGACAUGUUUACAGGUCAGUUAAAUUUAAGACUAAUACCACUAGGAAACUCGAACUAUCAAGAAUGUGCCAUUUGUGUCACAAACUAUUCAAUAUGACAUUUAUGUCCCCAACCUAUGAUAGUUGCGUGUCAUUUAUAUCCUGACAAUUUCAUUGACUGUUAUAGAUGAUGGUUGACCAGACAGAAGUCAACUUGAACAUUGAGUUUUGUUGACGUAGCAGCCAUGUAGACGUCACAUCAUUGACACCUCAAAAUAAAUUAAAAAUAAAAAAGGUCCUCUCCACUUCCCAGACCCGCCACCUCCUCUUCCCACUCCGUCAACCGACGAUUUCCCUCUCAUCUCUAGUGUCCACCAUCUUUUGUCAUCUGGGUAAACCCACCGUCGCCGCCAAACACCUCUUUUCACCAUCUUCCGUCAACCACGAUGUAUCUUGGCGGGUUUGGAUCUAAAAAUUUCAACAAUGAGCGCCCAAAUUGUUGCCCGCCCAACAUUUGUCCCAAAAUUUUUAUUUAGCCGCCAUUUCUUCCAUUAUCUAAGGGGUCGUUUGCUUCUAGGAUUUUAGAAAAUGAGGGAUUAUGAUAAAACCUUGGAUUUUGAAUAUGAGAGAUUAUGUUGGAUUUUGAAACUUCCAUGUUUGUUUGUAGGAUUUGGUAAUGGCUUUUAGUAGGUUGGAAUUAUGGCUUGAUGGGGGAAAUUACUUUCUUAUCCUUAAUGAACCACUUUUUACUUUACUUGUAUUUUGAAUGUUUUUGUAUAUACAUGAAGAAUUAGCAUAUGUAAAAAUGGCAGCAACAUCCAUACUAUUUGGUCAUAUUGUAUACACGCAAGAAGCCAUUAAAGUAAAUUGAAACUCUCAACCCAAACCAAUAAUGUCGAAAGGAAAAUCAAGGGUUUGGAUUGGAUUAUAAAAAAAGAGGAUGUAAGCAUGAAAUAAUUAAGUGUUGAGCUUCAUAUAAAAGGAAGACAAAACGACGAUAGGCAGAGAUGGAAAAGGUUGCCGGAGCUUUUUGCUGUGUUGCAAUCCCUUGGCAACGAAGAGACAAAGUUGGUGAGAUGAGAGUGUAGACAAAAGUCCUCAGUAGAGAUAAUAAUAACCGAGGGCAAAAUUGGAUUACACAAAAUGAGUGGGGGUAACACGGUCAUUAAACAUCAUGGAUUAUAUCUAUCUUCCAAAAUCCUAGCUAUAGAGGUAAGAUUUUAUAAUCCAUGGGGCCCACGGAUUUUAGCUCCAAAUAAUCCAAUAUUAGUAGACCCCACAGAUUGAAACAAAAUCCAUUAUAUGCUAACAAACAUGGAUUCAUUAUAAAGUCCAACAUAUGUUGGAUUUUGGGCCAAAAUCCAACACCAAAAUACCAAAAGCAAACGACCUCUUACUCUUGACGAUGUUUAUUCCACCCUCCCAAUUUGGCGGCCCUCAAUUCUCCUUAUGCGCCUUCCCAAUCCCUCUUCUUCGUUUCCCCUCAUUAGAAUGAACAAUCCCCAUUCUUCCUCACCUUCCGGUUUUUAUGAGAACAAAGGGAGAGCGACAGCAGUCUCUUCUACUACGCCGCCGCCUGCACAAAGCUCUUCCGCUGCCCCGUACUCGUCUUCUCCCGGAUCUACAACGAGAUCUGUCUCCCCCACCAUCAACAACUUCACCCUGCCUCUAGAUAUCUUCAUCAUCUACAAUCUCACCAUCGCACUCCUCUGUUCUGCAGCGAGACUCAACGAUGGUCUAAAAAUGAUGGCAGAGAGAUUGAGAGGCGGCAACGUCUGUGUGGGAGAGGGCGGAGUCUUUCCGACUUUCUUUUUAAGCGGACGAGCAAGCAAUUUCGGGUUUUGGAUUGCGAUUAUUGGUGUUGUGUUUGCGGUAAGGAGCAGGGAGAGGGACUCGCCAAACACCCCCUUCACCAUCUUCUGUCAACACGAUUCUCUCGAUCUCUCUUCUCCGCCCACUAUCUUAUGUCAUAUGGGUAAGCCAUCGGUGGUGAAUUGUGGCGGUGGAAGCCGGAGAAGCCGUCGAUUGUGAAAUGGGAGACGGGAGAGGGAAGGGGAAAUCCCACCAACGAUUAUUCAUUACAUUUAUAUGGAAAAUAAUUAAAAACUAAUAUUAUAAACUCCACUUCAGAUGCCACAUUAGCGCAUACUAGACUUUAUGUUAAAAACUAACAGUCAAUGUCGGUUAACUCUAACGGAAAAAUAGUUUAGGACAUAAAUGUCAUAUUGAAUAGUUUAGGACACAGAUAGCACAUUCUUGAUAGUUCGGAAUUCUUAGUGAUAUUAUUAUUAGCCCUUAAAUUUAACAAGAAAAGCAUCAUAUGGGUACUUGAAACCACCUAUUGACAAGGAUAAUAAGAUAUGGAUACACUCUACUGUUUUAGCUAUUUCUUAAUAUGAAGAAAGGGGGUAAGGGUGGUCGUUAUCGUGGCCGAGGGAAGAGAUGGGGAUAUUAACUUGGAAUACACAAGGGUUUCAACAAAUAGUAAGUAUACUGAUAUGCUGAAGAAAAUAAACAAUCAAAGUAUAGAUAUAGUAUUGAUAAGUUGAUAACACCUAAAAUUGGUUUUAUUUAGCCCUCAUUUCAUAGGUGUUUUCAUGCAAUAAUCAUCAUCUUUGACCAAUUGAGACAGCGUCAUGCUAUAUUUGCUUCUACUUGUCAAAUCCUAAGAUUUAGAAAGUUUUUGUCAUUACUUGGAAAUUAAACUUGAAUUUGAUAGGAAUCUUGUUCAUUCUCAUCCUUCUGUAGGCUAGGUUGUGUUUUCUUUCUUAAUUUCAGGUUCUAGUAUGAUAAGGAAGAGACACGCCAAGUUUCGUGCGAAUCGAAGGUCAUUUGAGGGAUGAAAAGUAGGUGGAAAGAAAAGCCUGCCAAAGUUCACGGUAGAGAACUUCUCCCCAUGCCUUCAAACUCUAAGAGGGGUCCAUGAUGAGUAUAGAAAGUUUAAAAACCCGGCACGCGACCACAACAAGCUAGACCGCGAGAAAAGUUCACGGGCGCGUCAGAAAGAUCGCGGCUGCAAACUUCCCCCAAAAGUUCGUGAUCUCCUUUCAAAUUUCACGGCCGUGAACUCUGCACCAAUGCUACGAACUUCCCCUUCACAUCCAAAUUUUACAACCUCUUGUCAAAGUUCACGACCACGAGAGAGAAAAACAUAGUAUGAGAAGAUGUAGAGUGAGAGUUACGAGCUUGGAGAGUUUUUGGGUGAUUUCUUCUUCAUCCUAACUCCAAAACCUCCCAAGAUUCAAGAAGGGUGAUCAAAGCAAGAAGGAGAAGAAAGAUCUAGCCAUAGG